AUGAUACCUUCACCGCCUACUUACACAGUACUAGUAGCCACAUAUAAUGAAGCAGAGAAUUUACCCAUCCUAGUGGACCAAAUUGUCGAAGCAUUCAAAACAGCGCAAAUAAGCCGCACCAAACAAUCCGUCAACGUAACUAGGUUGUUUAGUCAGGAGCCUAGUUACGAAAUAUUGAUAGUGGAUGACAACUCUCCCGAUGGAACGGCCAAAGUGUUUGAAGAGCUUGAUAUCAAGGUAUUUCCCGAGGUGGAGAUGAGUAUUGUGAAGCGCUCCGGUAAAUUGGGUCUUGGAACAGCGUAUAUAGCGGGUUUGGAAAAGGUGCGUGGAAGCUUCGUUAUAAUACUGGAUGCAGACUUAUCGCAUCAGCCGCGGCACAUUGUGGAAAUGAUCAAGAAGCAGAAGGAAGGUGACUACGAUAUAGUUUCGGGUACGCGAUAUUCUAAUGGUGGAGGUGUUAUAGGCUGGCCACUGAAAAGACGACUUAUCUCAUGCCUCAGCAACCAACUGGUCGCCGCCUUAUUCUCUCCACCAGCCACGGAUGUUACCGGUAGCUUCAGACUUUAUCGAAGGGACGUACUUAAAAGGAUAUGCCAAGAAAUGAACAGCGUUGGAUAUUCUUUCCAAUGCGAGGCAAUCUUGAGAGCUACCAAAAUGCAAGCUAAAAUCGCCAACGUACCCAUCGAGUUUGUCGACAGAGUUUAUGGCGACUCAUGCUUCAACUUCAACGAGGCGCAAUCCUUUUUGGUCAACUUGGCUAAACUAGUGUGGACAUUGUGA